AUGGAGCCACCAACGCCCAGAACCAUGCCAUCAUGGUUGCUGCUUCUCUGCCUAGUCGCCUCUGGCCUGUUGCAAGCUCUUGCGCAGUCUAACCCACCAGGUUUCAUAAGCAUAGACUGUGGUCUCCCCGGAGAGACAGGCUACGUGGAUAGCGCCACCACGCUACCCUACACCACGGACGCUGGCUUCAUCGGCGCCUACGUCGGCUCGAACCACAACAUCGCCGCCAUAUACAUGACCUCGCCACUACCCAACAACUGGUGGUACACCCUGCGCAGCUUCCCCGUCGGGAAACGCAACUGUUACACUCUUGGCUCGCUCGUGCCCGGGCUCAAGUACCUCAUCCGCGCCAGGUUCUUCUACGGCAACUACGACGGCUUCAACUACCAACCUUUCUUCGAUCUCUAUGUCGGUGUUGACUUCUGGAUGACGGUGAACAUCCGAGCCUCCAACACGGCGGUGCUAGCGGAGGCCAUCGUGAUGGUGCCGCGCGAUUCGGUGCAGGUUUGCCUGGUGAACACGGGCGGCGGGGUGCCGUUCAUCUCUGCGCUGGAUGUGAGGCAGCUUAGGAACACGUUCUACGCGCUGGUCGACGCAACGCAAGGCAUGGUUCUGCUCCAUAGGAUCAACUUCGGACCGACCAAUGGAAACGCUACCAUCAGGUACCCUGAUGAUCCAUUCGAUCGGAUGUGGUUCCCUUUUUCUGGCAACGAAACAACUCACUGGGAUGAGAUAUCAACGGACAUGGAGGUCCACAUCACUGACGACCAAUUCCAGCCGCCCCAGGCCGUGAUGCAGACGGCCAACACGCCGAAGAACGUCUUAGACAACAUAGAGUUCACCUUAAACCUCCAUAGUUCCCCUACUGACCCGUCCCUGGGUUACAUGGAACUGAUAUACUUCUCUGAACUGGAACCUCUCCCUAGUGGCGCACUACGGCCAUACAACAUCUACCGGAAUGGUGGAGAGAUCAAAACAAACUACACUCCAAAGUACCUUGACGCUGGUUGCAUCCACUCGACUGAGCCAUUUAAAUUUCAAGCUAGCCAGUACAUAUUAUCCAUCAACCCCACUGCUAAUGCGACGCUGCCGCCCAUCAUAAACGCAUUAGAGCUAUUCUCCGUCAUGUCAACCAGCACCCUUGGCACCGACUCACAACACGUGUCUGCCAUCACGGCGAUCAAGGAGAUGUACCAGGUGCAGAAGAAUUGGAUGGGUGACCCGUGUGUUCCCAAUACUAUGGUCUGGGAUGGCUUGACAUGUAUCUAUGGCACUUCUGGACCCCCAAUUAUCUCAAACGUAAACGUCUCCUUCAGUGGUCUGGAUCAUACUAUAUCACCUGAUUUUGCAAAUCUCACGGAUGUCCGAUACUUGGAUUUGUCAAACAACAACUUGAUUGGCUCAAUUCCGGACACCCUUUCACAAUUACCAUCAUUAAUAUUUUUAGAUCUCUCAAACAACAAGCUCAGUGGAUCAAUUCCCUAUGGACUUCUCAAAAAAGUUCAAGAUGGCUCCUUGUAUCUAAGAUAUGGCAACAAUCCUGACCUCUGUUCUAAUGGAAGUACAUGCCAGCCUGCUAAAGGAGAUAGCAAAUUAGCUAUCCACAUAGCUGUUCCUGUAGUUGUAAUUGUAGCAUUAGUGCUAGUGGCAAUACUAUGCUUUUUGUUGCAGAGAAAAAGGAAUCAAAGAUCAAUCAGAAACCAUGUAAAGCUGACAAAUGAUAGCGAUUGGAAUAUUUCACUUGCAAGUGAGAACCGUCAGUUCACGUACAUGGAACUAGAGGUGAUAACGAAAAAUUUCCAACGAUCGCUUGGGCAAGGAGGGUUCGGGUUUGUCUUCCACGGCUCCCUCGAAAAGGGUACUGAGGUGGCAGUAAAGUUGAGGUCUCAUUCUUCAAAUCAAGGCAUCAAGGAGUUCCUUGCAGAGGCUCAAGUUUUAACACUUAUUCAUCACAAGAAUCUUGUGUCCAUGAUUGGUUACUGCAACGACGGGGGGCACAUGGCAGUUGUCUAUGAGUACAUGCCUCAAGGAUCCCUAAAAGAGCUUAUUGCAGGUAAAGAUGACAACAAACAAUGCUUGCCCUGGGGACAAAGACUUCGAGUUGCACUUGAAUCGGCGCAAGGACUGGAGUACCUACACAAGGGGUGUAGCCCACCUAUAAUUCACAGGGAUGUGAAAACCGCUAACAUCUUGUUAAACGCAAGGCUGGAGGCCAAGAUUGCCGAUUUUGGCUUGUCCAAGGUUUUCAACUGUGAGGAUGACACCCAUGUAUCCACCAACACAUUUGUAGGCACAUACGGAUAUGCAGAUCCAGAGUAUCAGAGGACAGUGCAGCCGUCAACGAAGAGUGACGUGUACAGCUUUGGUGUUGUGCUGCUAGAGCUAGUCACUGGGAAGCCAGCCAUCAUACGCAACCCCGAGGCCAUAAUCUCCCUCGUCAAUUGGACACGACAACGGCUCGCAUGGGGCGACAUUGAGGGCGUUGUGGAUCCGCGUAUGCAAGGUGAUCAUGACAUCAAUGCUAUUUGGAAGACUACAGAGAUUGCAUUCAAGUGCACUGAGCAAUCGCCCCUGCAACGGCCAUCCAUGACCGAUGUCGUGAUGCAGCUACAAGAGUGCCUCGACCUCGAGCAAGGCUUCAAACAGGGCAACAAUGGAUUCUACACUGGCAGUGGCAACGGUGAAGUGGACCCAAACAUGGAUUACAACACUACAACGAAUCAGUCCAUUGAUGUGAGCCAGAAUAACGCUACUUUGAGAUAA